AUGACGGAUUUGAGGGGGAUUAAGCUGCUGCAAUGCAAUCCCGUCCUCCUCCCUGCAUUGCCUCCUUCCCUUUUCCCCUCUUCUUCUCCUCUCCUCCCUUUUCCACAGACGAGCAAGACAGUGGCGAAAAAGGAGACUCAUCUGGGCGACUGCAAGGAGGGGGUGAAUGUGACUGCUGCUGCACUCCCUUUCUUCCCCUUUCCCCUGCCUACGGGCAAGACGGUCGCAAUAAAGAAAAUUCACCUCGGUGACUGCAAGGAGGGCGUGAAUGUGACGGCUCUGAGGGAGAUCAAACUGCUGCAGGAGCUGCACCACCCGCACAUCAUUGAUCUCAUCGACAUCUACCCGCAUAAGAGGAAUUUGAACCUCGUUCUUGAGUUCAUGGAGACGGAUCUAGAGAACAUCAUCAAGGAUCGCUCGCUGCACCUCUCUCCAGCCGACAUCAAGGCGUUUAUGCGCAUGACGCUAGAGGGGCUAGCAUACCUCCACGGCAAAUGGGUGCUGCACAGGGACAUGAAGCCCAACAACCUGCUCAUCGGCCCAACAGGCGAGCUCAAGAUUGCUGAUUUCGGCUUCGCCCGCCUCUUUGGCAGCCCCGACCGCAAGCUCACCCACCAGGUCUUUGCGCUCUGGUACCGGGCGCCUGAGCUGCUGUUCGGCAGCAAGGCGUACGGGUCGGGCGUGGACGUCUGGGGUGCCGGCUGUGUCUUCGCUGAGCUGCUGCUGCGCCGGCCCUUCUUACAGGGAUCAAGUGACAUUGACCAAUUGGGGAAGAUUUUCGCUGCCCUGGGCACGCCGCGGGAGGACCAAUGGCCGGACAUGCAGUGUCUGCCCGACUACGUGCAUUUCAACUUCUGCCCGGCGCCGCCCCUCAAGUCACACUUCCCCAUGGCGGGCGAUGAUGCCUUAGACCUGCUCUCCCGCAUGCUCACCUUCGAUCCAAACAAGCGCAUCACAGCUGCUCAAGCCCUGCACCACCGCUACUUCCUCCUCGGCCCACCAGCCACCAAGCCCAAGGACCUGCCUCGCCCGCCUCCAAAGCCCUCUGGCAGCGACUUCCCCCCCGGCUCCAUCCCUGUUGGGCUGGCACCUCUCGGCCCAGAUGCAGCUGCUACUGCUCUUGAUGCUGCCAACGGUGCAACUGCUGGUGGUGCUGGUCGUGGUGGUGAUGCGAGACGAGAAGGAACGGCUGGUGGGGCAGCAGGAGCAACAGCAGCAGCUGGUGCCAAUACAGGGCGUAGGCAUUUCCCCCCUUCAGUAGAGUCACCCCACUAUCCCCGCAACCUCUCACCAGCCACUAAGGCCGUUCGCAUCUCCCUUCAACCAGGGAUAGAAGAGAGAGAGACGCCGAGUGAGGUGACGAUGGUUACGGCGGUUUCUGGGGGAGGGGAUGGUGCGCCGAUGUCGGUUGAUACGGUGGUGUUCCCUCCAGGGUCGGUUCUGCCACCCAGACCAAAACUGAACAGAGAUGACAGGCUGGCUUUGCGCAAGCGUAAACUGAAUGAUGAGUUCGACACUGUCUAG